CACAACCCGAACUGAACCGGCCACCAUGCAGCCUCUUCCUUUGCAGAACUACUAGCUAGUUAUUAGUAGUACUAGCUAGCUAGCCAACCGAGAAAUGCCGGCCUGAGCCCAAGCAGAAAGGGUCACGCACCCAACAAUUGGGCUUGCCCAAAAUGGAUCGAGGCAAAGAUACCCUUGCCAUUAACCAAGCAAGCACCUACAUCGGAUGGCCAACGGCCAACGCCAUCCAACAACACAUACGUUUAUAUAAAAGAAUAAAGUUUUGUGGCACUUCCCAGUUGCGUUGUUGCGAAUUAGUCGAUAAUGCGAGUGGUAGGAGUCUUGCUGAUCCUUGCCGCUGUUGGCCGCACCUGUGGUAGACUGCAAGGACCAACACAUGAGAUCGAACUGACAGAUGCAGAAGAUGGCACUCCCCUGAUAUCUCCCUUUGAAGAUGAAAACCUUCUGCCCGAAGAAGAAGAUCCCAAAGAGGAUCCGGCGCAACGAAGCUUGUUUAAAAUCUUUGGAAUGAAAGUUGGUGGCAGCGCCAGCGGCAGCGCUUCUGAUUCCUCGGAUUCAGCAGACGGUAAGAAUGAAACCAUUUUCCAUACCAUUACAAACUGUGAGAGCGAAUGUGACCGGGACCAUGGCGGCAAGGGUAUUUACGUAUGCCGCCAUACACCCCCCGCUCUAUUUGAUGGAAAACCCAAGGUCACAAAGUGCAUCAAACCAGACAGGGCUAUAGAACACGAUAGCUGUGGUUGCUGUCACUAUGGUUGUACUCCACGAUGCCCCUGCAAAUGCGAGGUGGGCCGCAAAGCGCCAAAGAAGAAGAAGAAGAGGUCGAGGCGUGAACGAAUGCUGGGUGACAGCGACAGCGACGAAGAACCAGAUCACGGUUGGUCUAUGGUCAUGUUCAAUGAUCCGAAAUGGAAGAUUUGCGUGCCAGAAGAAAGUUUAGAUGUUCUGCUCCUAGCUGGGAAUGCAAAGUGCGAUUGGAGCUGCACACAUGACCAUCCCGAUCCGCCUCUCAAGGCUCCUCCGCCCCCCGGUCCUCCGCCGCCCAAAUAGGAGGCUGCUCCAGGAGGAGAGGAGCAGUCCAACUAGUAGUGUUUUCGUUGCAGAAAGUCAUGGCAGCGUAGGCUUGCCAAUGCGCGAGGAGGAUGAACCACUGAACAUCUGGGUAGGUAGGAAGCACCUUUCUACUUCAUUUUAGCACCAUACCUCUGAAUUCGACUAUCUACAUUUUUAAAAAGGAAUGCCUUCACCAUUUUUUCAGUGUAGCUUCCGGUCUGUAGAUUUCGCACGUAUGAUCUGAACGCUGAAUGGUAUGUGACGGUGUAGACCUUGCGUUUGUUGCGAUGAUCUGAACUGUUCAUGGUUGUCUCCUG